AUGACGAGGACGAAGAUUUCGGUAGCGAGUGUUGGAAUGGUCGAACCUUUUGAAACCUCCGAGUUACCAUCGAAACCCAAUACGGAUAAGAUAUCAUCAGAAGAUGUGAAGCGAUCUAACUGCCUUUUGUCAGCUUUACGACCUCUGCUCUUCUCUAUGUCGAUAACGGGUUUGUUUGACGUGUGGAAAUUUCUGGAAUAUGGACAAGGUAAGCCUGUGACGAAAAGAAUAUUUUUGAAAUUAUACCGGAUAAUGUUACUUGUUUUAUUCGGUUUUAACUGCAUAAGGUAUUUCCUUGCUUACCAUUCAUUUGACUUCGGGUCUGAACUGCUGUCUACAGUUCUGAUACACGCCUGGUUUAUUCUCUGUUCGACCUCCGCUGUUUCAUGCUACAGAAUCACAGAAAAUCCUGAGAAUCUCAUCACGUUCUUCAGUCUGUGGAGGAAGUAUUGGAAUAUGGUCACAGAGGUUGAUUCUAGCGUAAAACAAGCGUGUUCAUGGCGGCAAAUACGAAAAUACACUAAUGUCUGUACAGUAAUUGGCUGGUUUGCCAUUUUUGGAAAUAUCGGGUUUUGCAGUUAUACAUUGAUAUCAGGAGCUGCUUUCAAAAACAUGAUAGAACCUUUUCCAAGAUCACACGGUCUGUUUCCAGUUAUAGCUUCGAUGUAUCUGGUAAUUGUUCUCUAUCUGACAUGUGCUUGGUCAUUCUCAACAGGUCUCAUGAUUACACUUACAUUGUCGAUGUAUCAGGAAUUCAAACAAUUCGCGCUGAGAUUGGAAAAAGUGACACAGAAGUCAGUUGCAGAAGUGAAGGAAAAUAUGGAAGCGAUGCGAAAGCAACAUAACGCUCUUUGUAACAUGUUGGAUAAAGCAGACGACAUUUUAAAACAUCAAGUCGGACUUUGUCUCGUCGUGCACGUGUUCCUGAUACUUCUACUGAUAUAUAACAUAUGCUGGUAUGAAAUAGUACGUACAGACAUCGGAGUACUUGUCAGUCACCUAUUCUGGCUCACCGCCACAUCGACAAUACUGACUGCAUUGAUGGCAACGUGUUGUCUCCUAAAUAUACAGGCACAUGAACCUGCAAAAUUCAUAUACAACCUUUCAAUGAGAGACAUUACAGCAGAAUUUUCUACACAGGUGAAUGUAUUCCUACACCGACUGAACGGCCCUCCCAUGGGUCUGACGGCAUGGUCUUUGUUUGUGGUGGACAGCCAAGUCGUCGUCAGCGUCGCUGGAAUGCUCGCAACUUACUUUGUGGUACUGCUCCAGUUUCAACAGGCAUCAACCAGCACAACCGCCAGCGGGAAUAGCACAGCUACCUGA